AUGAGUUACAACAAUCCGUAUGCGCAGGAGUAUGAAAUGGAGGCACAGCAGCCACAUGGUGGUGGGCAUGGCAGUUCGAAGAACGACUUUGUUGGGUUCAUGAAUGGUAUCAAUGAUAUCAACAACGGACUAUCAGACUACCAGCAAUUGAUAAACAACAUUGAUGUUUUGCAGCGGAGGCUUCUAUCUGAAGUGAAUGAGGAGCGUGAGCAGCAGGCGCGUGCAGAGUUGGACCAGGUGACUGCUGAGGCGACGAAUUUACAGUACCAUUUGAAGGACCAGAUUAAGAAUGCACAGCAACAGGCUGUCGGGGAUUCUGCGAAGAUGGCUCAGGCGGAGAACUCUAGACAGAGGUUCUUGAAGGCUAUCCAGGACUACCGUAUUGUGGAGGUGAAUUACAAGGAACAGAAUAAGGAGCAGGCCAAGAGGCAGUACAGGAUUGUGCAGCCGGAAGCUACUGACGACGAGGUUGAAGCGGCCAUCAGCGAUGUUGGUGGACAACAGAUUUUCUCGCAAGCGCUACUAAAUGCGAACAGACGUGGUGAGGCCAAGACUGCGUUGGCAGAGGUACAACAGCGUCACCAAGAACUCUUGAAGUUGGAGAAGACCAUGGCUGAGUUGACUCAGCUAUUCAAUGAUAUGGAACAGUUGGUUAUUGAACAACAAGAGAACAUCGAGGUGAUUGACAAGCAAGUCGAGAACGCACAACAGGAUGUGGAACAAGGUGUGGGCCACACCAACAAGGCCGUGAAGUCUGCUAGAAGGGCAAGAAGAAACAAGAUUAGAUGUCUAAUCAUCUUGGCUAUUGUUAUCAUCAUUAUUGUGGUUGCUGUUGCAGUUCCUCUUGCUACGAGAUAA